CAGGAACCAUUCUCUGCAGACGCUGGUGUUUUGGGUUGCGUUUGAACUGAUACUCAUCAGCUCUGACUGUCUAAACAAGCAGCAGAAUAUAUGUGUCAUAUAUAGAUGCAUACUGUACUGUAUUAUUUUGUUGUUAUAGGCAAUAGUACUUUGUCUUGAACCGUCCCGCAAAGUCCUGCAACAGAGAAAGGAAUUUCAGCUUGUUUUAGUAAGGGUGGCCUGUUCAGCCCACGUGACAGGCACUGUAAGAAUUUCAAGAUAGGCAAACAAUUACAUCUGCAACUUAUUAAGUUACAGUUUCGAGCUGAAGAAACGAAGUAGAUUUGGAAAUGUCUGGACUCAUGUCGAUUAUUUGUGUUCUCCUGGUUUUGCUUCUCUACAUUGUUUUCGAAAGGAAAAGGAGACCUGGGGAGCCUCCUCUAGUGAAAGGAUGGGUUCCCUUCCUUGGGAAAGCACUUGAGUUUGGUAAAGAUGCACACAAAUUUCUCAAUGUCUAUAAGGAAAAAUAUGGAGAUAUCUUUACAGUACGCAUUGCUGGUAAAUACAUGACUUUUAUAAUGGACCCACUCCUUUAUCCAUAUGUGGUUAAGCAUGGGAAACAGUUAGACUUCCAUGAAUUCUCAGACCAUGUUGCACCUAUAACUUUUGGCUACCCCUGUAUUAGAGAUCCCAAAUUCCCUGGAUUGGGUGAACACAUCCAGAGGGCCUACCAGUAUCUACAGGGUGACAGUCUGACAUCCCUCACUGAAAGCAUGAUGAAGAACUUGAGUUUUCUGUUCCAGCAAGACUACAUGAAUGUAGCAGAGUGGAGAAUGGAGAAAAUGUAUUAUUUCUGCAAAAAGAUCAUGUUUGAAGCCACUUUCCUGACUUUGUUUGGAAAGCCUCCCCAUGCUAACAGACACCUGGGUAUGGAUGCAUUGAGAGAGAAAUUUGAGAAGUUUGAUGCAAAGUUCCCAUUGUUAAUUAUGAGAAUCCCCAUCUCUUUACUGGGAGAAACCAAAACAAUUCGGGACGACCUGAUCAAUUUCUUUCUCCCACAAAAAAUGGCGCAGUGGUUGGACCCAGCAGCAUUUGUUCAGCACAGAACUAAACUUUUUGAACAGUAUGAACUACUUGGGGACAUUGACAUAGCUGCACAUCAUUUUGCCAUUCUGUGGGCCUCCGUUGGAAACACAGUUCCAGCCUCAUUCUGGGCCAUGUACUACCUAGCGAUGCACCCAGAAGCCCUAGCAGUGGUGCGUGGCGAAAUCGACCAUGUUCUCCAGUUAACAGGUCAAGAAGCAGGCUCUGGACAUAGCAUUACCCUCACUGGAGAGCAAUUAGACAGUCUGGUCUAUUUAGGUAGCACAAUAAAUGAGAGUUUCCGCCUGUCCUCAGCAUCCAUGAACAUUCGAAUAGCCCAGGAAGACUUCACUCUUCGGUUUGGAAUGGAUCGCUCUAUUGGAGUUAGAAAGGGUGAUGUUAUUGUACUCUAUCCCCAGAGUCUGCACAUGGAUCCUGAAAUUUUUGAAAAUCCUGAGGUUUUCAAGUUUGAUCGUUUCAUUGAAGAUGGGAAGGAGAAGACCAGCUUUUAUAAACAUGGGCAGAAACUGAAAUUUUAUCUGAUGCCAUUUGGAUCAGGAACGACUAAAUGUCCCGGCAGGUACUUUGCAAUUAAUGAAAUUAAACAGUUCCUCACUCUGUUGAUAGCACACUUUGACAUUGAAAUAGUUCAGGGCGAGGGACCAGUAAAGCUUGACCAAAGUCGGAUAGGCCUCGGCAUCCUUCAUCCUGACUCAGAUAUACAAUUCCGUUACAAGACAAGAAUGCCCUAAGCUAGAACUUAGCAGAUACACAAUACACACUUGCUACUAGCUUUUUAUAGAACAGCAAAUUACAAUUGUAAUACUUCAGUGAUUAGCCGAUUUAUCUCACAAAAGAAACAUUUCCUAAUACAUCUCUGGGAAAGGAAGACUUACAGUAUGAGGUUCAGCAGUCUUCUAUGGAAAACAUUGUGUAGCAUUUACUGGUUUUGUUACGUAAUAUAUAAUUUGAUUAUAUAAAUCACCACAUUUCAUUUUCAUUUAAUUCAGUAAGGCAUUUUUUUUGUUAAACUUUUUCUUUCCAGGUCACCUAGUUUUCAAUUAACUUGAAUAGAGUGUAAUAAUAUUAGUGUAUGAAAGAAAAAAUCUAAUUUCCUUUUGAAUUAUCUAAAUAAUGGCGCAAGAUUAAUACCACUGCACCAAAACUCUUAAACCAGCUGUAUCACAGACUUCAUUCCACUGUAUGUUUGUUGUCUUUUGUGAUUUUUCAAAAUGGGUCAAUAAGUCACCCCUGGAUAAAGACACCAGCAGGAUUAAUAUAGGGGUGAAGAGUGGUGGAAUUUUGAUUUGUAUCUGCUUACAUCAGUAAGAUAAACCUUUAAAUGUUUCAGGUAUUUUUUCACACAAAAAUUGAAUAACUGUAAUCAUGCUAGUAAAAUGCAGUUCAGGUCUCCAGACAUUAAUUUCUGGCAAUAUUUACAUACUAAUACCACUCAAAGAUUAUUCUAUACUUCUACCUUCAUGAUUCAUUAUCGGAGAUCAGAAUAUUUUAAACUGCUGUACACCAAUCCUGUCAUUUAUAAGAAUUUAUUAAGUGGGGAAACAUGAAAAAAAUAUUAUAGAUCGAUUGCUAGAGUUUGAUGAGUUCUCGAGCAGAGAGUAAACAACAAAUAAACAAUUUAGUUUGUUAACCUGUAAAUUCAAUUAUUGGUACACAACGUUAAUGACUAUUUGUGACCGUUUACCUAGUACUCAUUGCAAAAAUAGCGGUAGAUGCCAUGAUGCCUGGUGAAUUGGACAUUUUAGAAAACAUAUUUGAAUUUGAUUGCUUUGAGGCUCUUUUACUAAAUGUGUGAAAGUGCAUUAAAACAUCUUAAGCCCCUUUCACACUGGUAUGCUCUACUCAGGUCAGGACCUGAUGCCAUGUGGAUUGGCUAUGCAAUUUCACACUGCUUUUGAAAAAGCAGGGUUGACCUGAGUGACAGACGCAAGCAAACAAUAAGCAGCUUGUUACUGAAGCUUCCAUCCAAGCUUCCCUGGAUUGAACCAUCGGCCUAAAAUGUUGCAGAGCAAAUGUUUCUUCAACCCUGCUGCAAUCUGGCUCUUGCAACAAAAAUAUGGCUAAACAAUGAAGGAAUAAAAUUCGUCCAUCCACUAAGGAGCCAGCCUUAGAUCAUCCUCCCAUCCUCUUUAUGCCAUCUGUGUUUGUACUUUGGAAAACAAGUGUUGCACCAGGAAAGGAGGAACACCUUCUCUUUCCUGGUACCAGUGGGAGAGACACCACCUGCAAGAGACCCAGACAUUCCAGAAGGAAAGAGGCCCCAUGCUGCUGAGAACAGCAUAGGAAGAUUCACGGAAAGCCAUUGUUAUAAUGUGAUUAUAGACACACCCCACAUGACCUGACAAAACACAAUCCAAAUCCAGCCCCAGGCAACCUCCUCACCCGCCACGCCUCUCCCAUAGACAGAGCUCUUUACCACCAGUACUUGGGCUUCUGCCGCCUGGUAUUCCUUAUCAGCUUGGUUCAGAGUAUCAAUGAUGUGGGUGUACGCAUCUAUGCGUGAUGUAUGUGCUGCUUGGCUUCAGCUACCAUACCUCUUAUCUUCUUCUCCAGCACCUCCAACCCCUGUAUUAGUUCAUCGCUGCCCACAUGCCAUGAAGGAUCCCAGGUCAGGUUGCCCUGGAGGGGCAGAGUAUGGUAGAGCAGCCUUCACCCACCAUGAGCACGGCCCGCCGUGGUACCUCCAGGCAUAUCGAGGGCGCAGCUGAGUAGCAGACCUGUCUGUUGAUCUCUAUCAUGUUAGUUGCUGCAAUACACCAAACAGUUUCAUUCAUUUGUAGCAGUUCUGUAUGCCAAGGCUGAUCGGUCACAGUGAGCUUGAAUCUCGUAAGACUAGACAUGGCAUUAGCAGAGCAGGUGCAGAGGAUUUCCCAGUCUGAGUGUGUGCAACAAUCUUGAGUAUACAAGAUACUAUCGGUGUCAGUGCUUGCAUAGGCUACCCCUACUAUCCUAGUCACAUGUCUUGCUCUAACAAUAGGUAGUGAGGUGACCAUCCUCGCCUUGUCAGAUUGUGGUAUACACAGAGGAACCAACAAAUCAAACUGGAUAGUGGACCCGGUCCAUGUCGGCCUGUAGUCCCUAUUAUUUCAAAUAACAAUCAAUGUACCCAUUCAGAUAACAAAUCUGACACUAUUCCUUGUAGUUUCAAUGCCAAUACUUGUCCCAUUCUCCACAACUCUCCUCCAAAUGGAAUCAUCUCUGGAAUCAUUUUUAGCAGGCUAAUCAAAUUUUGACUUAAACAGUUGGUUAUCUCUAAAGAGGUUGUUAUUGAAUUGGCCAAGUCCCUCAUAUUGUCCACAAUCAGACUGCUAGCAUGGUUCGUGUCUAUACCCCCUCGGGUGGCUGAAAUUUGAGCAUUGGAGAAUCGGAAUUCCAUUCCAUCCCUUAGUUGGCUUGGUUGGAAAUUACCUGCGCCAAAUCACCCAGCUAUGUCAUCUAAAUCACUUAUUUUAUUUAUAACUAAUUGACCUCCUCUUUGGAUCAAAAGUUGUGUUAGUUUUUUAGCUAAUACCUGACCUUUCUUGCCACUUAAUUUAUCCAGUGCUUCAAAUGGCACGUUCACUUUUACUUUAUAGGUAUGAAACACUAAUGACAUGAGCACCGGGAGGGCAAAGUCCUAUUCCCAGCAGACCAGGUUCUGGGACUGGGUGCUGCUGUGGACAGGUCACACAGUCUGGCGGCUCAGGUUUUUUUCUAAUUACCCAUUUUAUCAAAUCGGGGGUAGAGCAUUCGAGGGCGGAGUACUGUUGCGUCCUCUUCCUCCAGUUGUGCUACUCUUAAGGGUAUUCCCCAACAGCUGUUCGCUAGACUAACCUCGAUUGGUACCCUGUCUGUGUAAUUUUGGCAUAUUUCGCUUGUCUCGGCACCCUGCCCUAACCCCAUGUAUUUCCAUCUAAACACCAGUACUACCGACUGUGCUGGAAGAAAACACCAUCUAAAAGCUUGUAUUCUCUGUAUGACUUAGCUGAGAUCUCCUUAUUGACUUCGGCCAUCGUCAUUCUCUCUAAAUUACUGUCAAUUGAAUCAGGCUUCCAGUUGUCACGUGCAAUGAGGUCGGGAUUGUCAGGUCGACACUGCCAGCCACUCGUGUUCCCGGGCAAUUACGGACUUAACUCAUGGACAAUCAUCUACAUACAAUAUAGCCCCGUCCUCAUGACUGCCACUUACUCUCAAAACACAAUUGAUGCUCUGGCUCUUGAACAUGGCCCAUAAACAAUUACGGUCAUAUGGUACCCCUUGCCUUCCCUUGAACCCCACACUUACAUCUCUGUUCCUUCUUAAUUCAAAACUUAUCAAACGGAUACAGGGUAUGUCAAAGAAGGUUGUGAAUCUAUUGAAGUGGUAAAAUUAAAAUACUCACCUCAGUUUGGACAUUGGUUUCACCACUCUUUAGAUCGCACUGCUGUAUCCUAUCCUCGUCGCCAACUGAAGGAAUAAAUCUCGAAGAUCGUCUUUGGGUUUAUUCAAGCAGAUAAGUCUUUCUUUAUUACACACUGCAGUAUGGAGUCUACAUCUGCUUGCUAGGCUCAAUAGACUGAAGAAAAAGCAGAAGACAUAAGCAUUUAUACUAAGCCCCAUAGGAGGAGUGAAGUGACGGGGUGGGAGUUCCCAAGCACCUGGAUAGGUUCUAGCAGCAAGACAACAUGAGCACACAAGCCAAUAAACUACAGGUUACAAUGGGGCACCUCCCAGGGGCAAAACAAUAAGACAGUGACAGGUGAUAGACAAAGGUUCGAGUUGUUCAGGUCUGGAAUUCUUCCAUCAACUAAGGAGCCAGCCUUAGAUCAUCCUUCUAUCCUCCAUAUGCCAUCUGUGUCCUUGUACCAAGCAUUGCACCAGGAAGGGAAGGAACACCUUAUACCCUGGUACCAGUGGGAGAGACGCCACCUGCAAGAGACCCAGACAUUCCAGAAGGAAAGAGGCCCCAUGCUGCUGAGGACAGCAUAGAAAGAUUCACUGAAGGCCGUUACUAUGCCAACGGCAAACUUCUAAGGAGAAAGUUUGAGAAUGACAUGAGAUAGUUUAAGAAUUUUAGGAAUAAUAAGAAUUUAACCUUUCAAACAGAAUAAACAAAAACUUUCCUUGUGGAAGUGAAACCUUCACGCAGGAGUGACUGUUUGUUAAUUCAUUGUCCGUCAUGCAUUUUGUCUCAUUCAACCCGGGUCAAAUCAGGUCAACCCUUAUCCUGAGGUGGGUCCCUGGGAUCCAGGAUAACCUGGAUAUGACCCAGGUAUGUGGUUUCACACAACGCAGGAUUGUGACCUGGGUAGCCAGAACCCAGGUCUGAACCCGGUUAGAAGUGCCAGUGUGAAAGGGGCUAGGUAUUGCUUUGACUACCAGGGGCAUGCAGCCUGCUUUUACAUAUAUCUGACAUUAAAAUGGUUCAUGUUAAUGAAUCUCACUUAUGAAUGGCAGGUAAUGUUAACAUUUAAAAAACAUGUUUGUAAAUGAAUAAUAAAUAAAUAAACAAUCUUAAUAAUCUAUUUUCACCAUUGGUUCUACAUUUUCAAUAUCAAUAAGAACUGAUGUGUAUUUAAUAAUCUAAACAUUGGGGAGUCUAAAAUAAUGCUGUUUCUAAACUUGUAAACCACAUUCUAACAUGGAACUCUUUCAUUCAAUUAGAGCAUGUUAAUAAAUGGGUCAAUAAACCCCCCCUGGGGAUGUCAGCAGGAUUAACAUAGUAUUACAGACCUGACCUCUGUUUAGAUCAUUAAAAUAGACCUUGCAUGUGAAAAGCUGAGUCCUCUGUUUAAAAAAAAAAACAUGUUUGUGAGGCACUGAGGGAAAAGAAAACCUACACAAACACUGCUGAGAGGUGUAAACUGGGGGUUCCAUUUGUGUACUAUUAAGUAUAACAGGACAAUAAAUUGUAUUAGGUAUGAUUUGGAAACAUGGCAAAGAUGGUCCUUCUACUAAUUUCAGUAACCUGCUGCUGUCCGGGACAUAUCUGUACACUACAAUAGUUGGAAUUAGCUCAUUAGCUAUAACAUGCUGAAUCAGCUGUAACAGUUGCAGAGCCAGUCUCAACAGAUGUUGUCACAACUGUAACUUAAGUUUUUUAAUAAAUAAUUAUGUGUGCAUGCAUUAUUUAAAUUCUAAUAAAUAAUAUGCCAAAUCAUCA